AUGGGUAGAAAUAUUGUCGUAAUGUGUGAUGGAACAUGGAAUAAUCCAAAUUCCCAAACAAACGUUUUUACAUUAUAUAAAGAAUUAAUUGAGAGAGAUUAUCAACAACAUGUUUUGUAUAUAGACGGAAUUGGAGUUGGUGAAUUGACCUGGAAUUUUAUCGUUGAUGGAGCUAUAGCUCUAAGUCUUGAUAAUAAAAUCAAAGAAGGUUAUAGAUUUAUAGUUGAUAAUUAUCGUCAUCCUGAUGAUGAUAUAUGGAUUUUUGGUUUUAGUCGUGGUGCUUACACUGCGAGAUGUAUUGCUGGAAUGAUAAGAAAUUGUGGAAUAAUAAAUCGAGAAAUCAAUCCUGAUCAAAUUGACAAAAGUGUUGAUCUCGCUUAUAGUUUUUAUCGUGAUAGAGAUUUAGCUAAACACCCGGAAGCAAAAGGUUCUGAAGAAUUUAAAAAAUCUUUUAGUUAUCCUGAUUCUAAAAAAUACACUAUAAAAUUCCUUGGAUUAUGGGAUACUGUUGGCGCUCAUGGUUUACCCGGUUAUGCAAUUGGUGAAGGUUUUAAAUAUUUGGAAUUCUAUGAUCAAACUGUACCUAGUAUAAUUGAAAAUGCUUAUCAAGCUUUAGCUAUUCAUGAAAACAAUGCUUUCUUUGAACCUUGUCGUAUACUUCCGAACAAAUCUGGUACUAAAGUAAAAGAGACUUGGUUUCCGGGUGUACAUAGUGAAAUAGGUGGUGGAACUUUUUUAUCACUUAAAGGCAAUGAAAGAAUAACUAAUGCAACUCUUUUGUGGAUGAUAGAAAAUAUCGUAGAAGUUGGAGGUUUAUUAAUGCAUAAUGAUAUCGAGACUUAUCGUACUCGUUUCUCUCCUGAUGUUGGACCUUCUUGGAAUAAUAUGAAUUAUAUAUUUGAUCGUAUCAGUACUAUUCUUCCAACGAUAAUAGUUAAAGAUAGAACUAUUUCAUUAGAAUUAGAUUCUAGUCCAAACUUUUUAAGAAUAGAUUCUAGUCAAAAAUGUUUAAGAAAAGAUCUUCUUUAUAGGGAUGGUGAUUGGUUGCUUCCAUUUGGUACUAGGUCAUAUCUGUGUACUCAUUAUACUUCGAAAACAUAUGAAGAAUUACGUAAAGUUAUGGAAACGAAUGGAGUUAAACUAUAUAAUAAAGAUAAUAGAAAUAUAAAAUACGAUUUGGAUGUAAAUGAAAAUGCACAAGAGGAUACUCGUCCAUAAUCAAGGAGGAUAAGGAGGAUAUGAUUUAUUGAACAAUUUCAUUUAGUUUCAAGUAAAUUAUUAGAUUGAUAAUGUCACUUUCAAAUAGAUUUAAUAUAUAGUUUUUUCUUUGGAGACAUUACAAGAACGAAUAAUAUUGGAACAAAUAAUAUUUCAUUUUCACGAUCAUUUUUUUUUU